CAGAGUCCAACAUCAGAACUGCGCCCAUAGCAACGUUCUGUUAUACAUAGAAACGGUCUGUUAUAAAGAAAUAAUAGACCAUAGAAUGCCGUGAUUGACCAAUCAGAAUCUAGUAUUCCACAAAGCUGUGUGAUAAACCUAUAUAUCAUAUAUAUCGCAUUUCAUUUCUCUUAAUCAUCUCUUAAUCAUUAGUAUUGUUUUAUUUUAUUAGGUUAAAAUCACACAAAUGACACAGAAACAACACUUAAAACCUAUAUGAUAUGGAAAUAAACAUGAUAAUAUAUGAAUAUAUCAACAUUUUUAUGAACUCCUCUCUUAUUUUAUCUGGAUUAUUUGAGAUGGACAGUCAGAGGAAACUGUGUGGAGUGAUUUUAUUAAAGAAAACCAACCUGAAGAGAGGAACAGAAAAAGUAUUUUGGGACUUCCCCAGUGGAAAUUACACCCUUGUUUCCUUGUCGCUGCUGUUACAACAUACAUAUUCCCAACAUAUUUCAUGUGCCUGUUGACAUGACCUGCACUGCCAGGCGGUGUUAUGUGUUGUUGUCUGUAAACAGAAACUGCUCCGCCUUCCCUCCUGUUUGAAACCACAAUAACCAAAAGCACAUCUUAACUUCACACAUUCCUUCGUAGAGCAGGCAGUGCAGGAAGCUGUUAACCUCUCUUUCCUCACAGGUGGAUGUUAUUUAACGGGAUGAGAUGUCAGAAAUGAUGGACAAGUCUAUGGAGAACCCCGACGAGGACAGAGUGUCCCUUAGUAGCAACGGGAAGACGCCGACCAACGGCGGCAGCAUCUCGAAGGGCAUGCUGAAGUCGUUCAGAAACAGCAUCCGAAGGGCGGCGGAGAAGAGCCCGCUGUCGUCAGGAGGCAUGGGGUCAAAGGUCGCGACCGGCGAUGAGUCGGGGUCACAACCGCCUCUGUCACCCAGUCUGAGCGCCGGCUCACCGCUGACGUCUCCUCGGAAGAGCAUCGUAGGCCUUUUCCACAGAAAAGAGGAAGACGAGAGCGACGGCGCUCCGCAGAAAGGCAAAGGUCUGGCGCGUUCAAAGACAGAUCCCAACAUGGCCAGGUUUGGUGAUUCUAUCAUGAAAAGAGGAGCGUCGUUUCGUCGAAGCCUGAAAUUCGUCACCAAGAAGGAUAAAACCGGCACACUCGUCCCCGUCUCUGAAGGCGCAGCAGAGGAGACGAAGGAGGAGAAAGAGGAGGAGGAGGUGGCGGUAGUGUGGGAGGAGAUGGAGGAGUCGUACACGAUGCCAGAAAUACCACACACACCACUGUCAGUGAUGCAGAUCAAUAAGCUGAUCGAGAUGGAGGUGCUGGAGGAGGCUCACCUGAACCUGCUCGCCCUGCGUCAGGAGUUCCAGCAGGAGCGGGAGCAGGAGCGCAGCGGCGAGGACUCGCCCAUGGAGCUGGCCAAGAAGGAAAAAGACCUCAACCUCCUCUACGGAGAACUGAGGAACAAGCUCAACACCAUCGUUCGCGACUCCAACUCUCUUCCCUCCAGAAACAAGGGGCUGCUGGUACCCGUGGCCCGCAUCAUCCAGGAGGAGGAGAGGAGAGCCGAGGAACCCGGCGGGCUUCCGGGCAGCUGGAUGGAGGCCUGGAGGGAGGCGGUGGGCGAGGGCGUGAAGGUGAAGGUGGGCAGCGUUCACCUGGAGCGGAGGGAGCAGAACUCCUCCUGGUUGUCGGUUCACCUGGGGCUGCUGGGUAAAACCGUCGUGGAGGAUUUGGAGAGCGUGAAGAAGGAGCUGCGUUGGUCGUACCCGCCCAGCUUUAAUGUCUUCAGCACUUACGUGAGGAGUUACCACCGAGUCGUCGGGCAGCACCUGAGGAAGCUGGAACAGCAGGUGACGGAGCUGAGGGACCUGUACGCUCUGCUGGACUGGAUCAUCAACCGCUACAAGAGCGAGAGGAUCAUGGGAAGUCUCUCCCUGCAGCCGGACAUGAAGGACGAGAGCGCUGAUCUGCAGCUGGAUGACGACCUCCUGAAGCAGCUGAAAGACAAGUACUGCUGCAGAGUGAAGGAGGACGUGAAGUCUUCACUGGACAGAGUCAUUGGACUUGAAAACGAUGAUGUUUGGAGGGACGGCAAGACUCCAAAGAAGGAUGAGGACUUCCUGGACUCUCAGCUUCACAUGGACAUCUGGACGAACGUGAAGGGAUAUGCUGUGAACUCUCAAAAAAUUGAUGCUCAACUGGAACAGAAAGUGAUCUCUUCCUGUCUCCAAGAGUUGAAAGAGUUCCCCAAGAGGUUUGAGGCGGAGUUCAGACGUCACUGCAGCGCUUUCAGACCGCAGCCUCUCUGGACCGAGUAUCAGAUUACAUACAUCAACAGCUUCACUGCUUUACAGCAGCAUAUGGACGGGUACCGGGACACCUGUCCAGAAGAGGUGGACGGGUUCAGAAAGGAGGUGAAGGGGCUGAUUACGAGGCUCCUACAGGUGCUGGAGGACCAGUUCAAAGAUGAUGUCAAGCCGUACCUGAGGAAGAUGAUGACGAGGAAGUGGCUCACCAACGACGAAGACUUCCAGCAACUUAACAGUCGGACGGAGCUGCUUUCUCGUGACUGCGCCCUGAUGAGGCCUCCGCAUGGUCAGGAGUUUGCGAGCCGACUGCACUACCACGUGGUGAGGGAAUACGUAGGCCAGCUGAUGAAGAACAGCUACUCGUGCAAGAACCGGAAACACGAGAAGGCCGCGAGCAAAAUCCGUGUGCAGUGGGCAAAACUCGGAGAUCUGUUUGAGGACAUGAAGUCGACUCACGAGUGGCUCUACGAUGCCGGAGACGACCUGUGCAACAUCAUCGGACAGAAGAACAAGACGGACAUAAAGAACCAUCUAGAGCCUUUAGUGGAGCAUUACCCCGACUGCAGCAGGAAGCACCUGGUUGCUGUCCUGAACUUCAGAGGUCUGGUGAGAGGUCGCGAACACCAGCUGAUCCUCCAGAGGCUCACCGAGCUAAAGAAGAAACUGGGCAACGCCGGCGGCGACAAGAGCCAAGUUUUAUUUGGUGACAUGCAGGUCACCGUCAACACAGACUGCCUCUCCAACCUGCCUUUCUCCUGCUUCAGCUUCCUGCUGCCCGACAACUAGUCAGUGCAUCAUGGAGGACGAGUCGCUGCUCAAGAGGUGAAGUUGUGACAGGAAAGUUUCAGGUUUUUUAAGGUGGUUUGACACAUUUUGAUACAGAAAUUAAGGUCCUUGCUCUCAAACAGCCUCUAAACUCAGACAAACUGCACCUUCUGCACAGAUACCUUUGUAAUUAAACAUUUCUCAGGACCGAUAGUUCACAAUCUACCCAUUAUUACAUGGUUGACAGUAGAGCUGUGUGUCUGUAAUUUAGAAAAUCAGUUUAACUUUAUUAUACCUAUCACCAUUAAGGGUUUGUUGGUAUACACCAUGGAUGUAUAAAGAGAACUGGAUACAGCGUUGGAGGCGGGCCCCGUUCCAACGCUGUAUCCAGU